UUCCGGCGCCCCGAACGAUGGACGGCGAAACGCCGAGACCGGUGACGCUUAUCAGCAGCCCGCAGACAACGGCUGUUGUGUGCAAUCUGCUGACCGCGACAACCCCGCGUCUCACACCCACGGGGAAGAUCAGCCACGCGAAGACCCGGGUUUACACGCAACGCUACAGAAAGGAAUGGGAGCAGAUGCAGGAUUUCAAAGGAUGGUUGACUUCAGUGCCGCAUCAACCAACUCGUGCCUACUGCAUUUAUUGCAAGAAGAAUCUGCAUGCACAUCGUUUAUCGUUGCUAAAGCACACAUGUACAAUGAAGCAUCAGCGCGCGGCUCUAGCGCACAAAAUGGAAGAAAAGAAGAGUUCCCGGAAGUGGGACGCAAACGCGCUCGAAAUAGGCCUCAUCGAGGAAGUCGAGGCUGUAGAUGAUUCUCGGACAGGAGAUGAGGAAAAUGAAGAAGAUAUUGAAUAUAUUGUUGAGAGAUUAGAAACAGAUGAGGAAGAAGCAACAGAGAUGCAAGAGGUCAAAGAGGAAACUGAGGAAAUAAUUGAUGAUGAAGAAGAGGGAGAGAAAGAAAUAGUUAGUGAUCUGUAUACACAAUUGCAAUCUGAUGAUGAAGAUAAACCUGUAAUAAAGAAAAUCAAAUUAUCCAAUCAAAAAUGUCGAGAUACAUUGGCUGAAGCAAUGGCCCAUGUUCAUAGCGAAUAUCUCGAAGAGGAAAUCGAGGAUCAGGGGAAUGUACAGAUGGAGAUGGUAGUAGAAUCAGCUAAUCCAGAUGUAUCUGAUGCGGACAACACCAAAGAAACUUUGAAAGAGAUACUUGAGAAUGAAAGCACGGAAAUUAAAGCCGAUAAGAAAUCGACAGUAAAACAGGAGAAUAAUAAAUCUGAUUUGAAUAUGACGCCUUCAUUGCCGGUAUUGAACACAUCUUAUCAGACAAACAUUAUUUCAUCAACGCCGAAUCAGAAUACGAUUAAUUUUUUGCCGAUCGUCCCUAAUCUGAAAAAUAACAAAACCAUUACAUUGAUGUGUGGAAAUAAAACAUUUACAUUAACCGGUGGCACGUUUCAACCGGGUACACAAUAUGUAUUGACCAAGCUCAAAGGCAAGCCGUUGAUGAUGGCUGAUACAAACAAGACCAUUGCAGUGUCCGAGCCGGACAAGAUCAAGACAUCGAAUUUGUCUAGUUCCGCUGCCAGUCCGUCAUUACCGAUUAUUCCUAGUACCAGUCAACAGCCAAUUAGCACUAAUCAACAGCCUAUCAGCACUAAUCAACAGUCGAAUGCUGCUAGCAUUAAAGGACCAUCAUCUAAGAAAGUUUAUUUGGGGAAGCAACCAGUAAAAUCUACCACAACGAAGAAAUUACGUAUCUCCACUUAUGUCGUAGACAAUACGAAAGGAAUUCCGAUUGGUGGCUUGCAAGUCAGUUUAUAUAAAUUGAUGGACGGAAAAUGGACUUUCUUGAAUGAGAGCAAUACAAAUGCAGAAGGCUACUGUGUCGAUCUAGUGGAAAAGGUAAAUUGCACAAUUGGCCGUUAUAAAAUUCAUUUCGAUGUCGAUAAAUACUUCACACUGAGAAGAAUAGAAACCAUGUUUCCAUUUGUCGAAAUCGUAUUCGAUGUAAAAAAUCCGAAUGGUCACUAUCAUAUGCCACUUUUGUUGAGCCCGUUUAGUUAUUCGACUUAUCGUGGCACCUAAAAUGUACACUUAAAAUGUUUUCCAUCUAAUAUAUUUUUGCAAUGUAGACAAGUUGCGAGGAGAGACUUUGCGAUUAGUACCACGCUUGUAUAUUACACACACACACACACACACGCACACGCACACGCACACGCACACACACACGCACACGCACACACAUACACAUACAUACACACACAUACAUACACACACACAUACAUACGCACACAUACAUACAUACAUAUAUAUAUAUAUAUAUAUAUAUAU